UUACACAAACCAAAAUAUAAACAAAAUAUGUGUACAUAAUUGUUAGAUGUGACAUAACCUAUUUUUCUAGCGAGAUAUGUUUAAUGACGUUCUUUUGUUUAAUACAUUACAUAUAUUUUUUAAUACUUGGUUUUCUUCAUUUCUUAUUCUAUACCUCUACACGAUUAUAUAUACCGCAUGAAUAUUUGCGCGUUCCAAACAUCAUAUUAUUUAAAUCUAUAUACAAGCUGUUCUCUCUCUCUCUCUCUGUCUCUCUCUCUUUAUACUUACUAGGAGCAGUCAAAUGAAAUAUAGCUGAUGAAAAAUUCAGACAUUGGAAUUAACUAACUUGUUAAUAAUCAUAGUUGGUAAGACACUUUUUUAUUGUGAAAAUAAACGGUGGAUGCUCUAUUCAGAAAAUUCCUUAGGCUACUGGAAUCAAACCCAUUUGUAAACAGUCUCCUGCAUUGCUGUGUCUAAUGGAAAUUUUAUAUCUUUCAGAUUCUUCUUCAGUAUACUUAUUCUGUAACAAUAGUUCAGUAUCAUUACAUUAUUGUUGCCCAGCUUUUUUUACCAAGUAUAUUAUCUAUAACGACAAUAUAAUGAUAUCGAUCCUCUCGUUAAAAAUUACAAAAUCAGGGUACAAAUCUCCAGAGAUGUAUAAAUUACAUGGCAUAGUUUCGGUGGGAAAAUACUGGAAUAUCUUGUCUGUAAUCCAGAUUUGUCAUCAUGCGAUUUUCAUAUCUUUGGGGACUGAAGAAGAAUUUAAAAGGCAGGAAAUUUCCAUCGAACACAACAGUGCAGAAGACUGUUUAUGUUGGGUUCAGGUCUCAGUCCAAAGAAUUUUAUGAACAAGGCACCCGUUGUCUGAUUUCAUAAGAGAAAUAUCUUACUAACCAGAUUAUUAACAUUGCAAGAGCUUAAUUAUGGAUCCACAAAUUCAACAGAAGAUCUUACAAUUUGAAAGCUUCAUAAAUGACGUGCUGAAAGCCGAUCUUGCAAAACUGGCCGAAAAACUUAACACUAAAAAUGCUGACGUCGCCGAAUUUUUACAAUUGAAAUCAGUGAUAACGACGUUUCAAAAUACAAACGUUGAAAAAACUGGUUUCAAAACCAAAGUCGAUAUUCGAAAUAAUUUCUUUAUUCAAGCACACGUUCCAGAUGCUUCCAAGAUCUUAUUGGAUGUUGGUUUAGGACAUUAUAUUGAAUUUACUUUGAAUGAAGCUUUAAUCAUUAUAAAUAUACGGAUCACGUUACUUGAGCAACAAAUAGCGAAUUUACGGAAAGCGAUUGCAAGAACCAACGCUCAUAUUAAGUUAAUUCUUAUUGCUAUUAGAGAUUUGCAAGGAAUGAGAAUAAACAUUUGAAAUGUUGUGACAAAAAACGAUUUAAUGUAAAAAUAUUUCUUAAACGUAACUUUAAUUUGUUUAUAUAACAGAAA